AUGACCCGCACGCCUCUCUCCAGUCGCCCACGCGACCUCGUCUACUUCCUCUUCUUCGCUAUCCAUCUCCCUGCCACUUUCCUCAUCGACAUUCAAGCCAUAUACCCCAAGGCAUGGGUGCCAGCACUUAUCUCUAGUCUUCCCAAGUUCUACGUAGAGAUGUCAAAUGACCCUUUGAUUGGGAGCGCGAUGGGCUACUUCGGAGAGAGCCAACUCAAGGCGUUUACCUGGUUCCGGAGUUUUCUCCUACUCGAAGCUUUCUUUCAAGUUCCUGUUUUCCUCAUCGGGCUCCGUGGACUUUGGCGCGGGAGCACAUCCAUCUAUGUCCUUCUGCUCAUAUAUGCUGCAUCUACCGCGACGACGACGAUCCCAUGCCUUGCUGUCAUCCUCUCCACGCCCGUAUCCCCCACCCCACUAAGCGGUAUCUCGAUCACUGCUGAGCAGCGCCUCCUGCUCCUAUCAAGCUAUAUCCCAUUCUGCCUCGUCCCCCUCGUCAUGACGUUCGACAUGGCCUUCCGCGUACAAAAGCUCACCGGCUCUGGCAGCGGAGCACAAAAGGAGAAGCGGGAGUAGACGGUACCUCGUUCUUGCAUACCCAUGAUCACGACAUACUAUAUACCUGCAUA